AUGCUUCCAACACCACCAGAACAACAACGACCAUCAAAUACAAUAUCAUGCAUCCGGCGGUUGUGGGAGUACUGUGUUAAAGAAGUGGAUGAUCCCAUGGCAGAAAAGAAGGCGGACGCCCUCUUAGUGGCAGCUUCCGUGAUUGCUACCAUGAAUUACCAGGCGGCCUUGAGCCCACCCGGUGGGGCCUACCAAGACACGAGCCGUUUCCCCAACGGCACCAUUGCCUACGAAGCUGGGCAGGCCAUUGCCGCAUAUGUUUCUCCAUUCGAGUAUAAACAUUUCUCCAUCGCCAACACCGUAUCUUUCACCUUUUCCAUGACCACCUUGUUUUUGUUCCUUUCUGGGUUGUCCUUGAAAAGGAGGAUUUUCUCAUUUCUCCUGACGCUGUCUAUGUUUGCUACGAUUACUGCCACCACUUACAGUUACAAGUUAGCUAUGGAAGCCACGACGCCCGAUCACGAUGAACGGCUGCAAGGCUGGAUCUUUGUGAACCGGUUGGUGAAUGGUGCUCUCAUCACAUGGUAUGUGGUUGCAGGUGUCACCAUUGUUGCUUUCCUCGCCAUGCAACUCAAACUUCCGUUGAAUUCUGCUUAUCACCGGGCAACCCGCCCAUAA